AAGAUGGAUAAACCGAAAUGCAAAUAUGGCUCAGAGUGUUACCAAAAAAACCCUGUGCAUAAAGAAAAAUAUGCGCAUCCUGCGACAUCCACAAACGAUAUCAAUUCUUCGAUUGUGCCAGUAGCGCAGGCAUCAACAUCUUCCUCGGAUUCGCAGGACACAAGCUGUGCUAGCAACCAAAUAACGGAUGUAGAAAAUCAAAUGAAACAAGUAAUGCGAUACAAGCGUCCUUCUACACCCGAAAAGGAAUAUGAUAAUGAAGAAGAGGAUGGCUCCAAGCACGAAUAUCACGGUAUAAAACGACAGCGUUACCGUUUACCGAAAAUCCCAAUCGACAUAGGUAUGAUGAAUGAUCUGUACGAUCCACAAAUUGAAUUUUCUAAACAAUCAGAAUACAAUGAACUGUGCGAAGACCCCGUAAAAUUUAUCAAGUACAAGUUUCUGGUCGCUAUGCCCUCAUGUUUCUACGUUUUUUGGGAAUUUUGUAAAGAACAAGCAAAAAAUAUGAAUACGAAACCUGAGGAUGUGUUACUUCAAAUCGGUUUGAAAAUGGUAGGACCGUUCGAUGUGCUGGCUGAUAAAUUUAAAGGAGUUACAAUACACGAGCCCGGUGAUUAUUUACGCCAUUGGCGUUUCUUCUAUGAUCCCCCGGAGUUUCAAACUGUAAUAGUGAAAAAAGAUACUGGUAUACAUUAUGGUUAUUGGAGAGAUGAUCCGGAUAACACUGAUGGGUUAGUAGCCAGUAAUGACGUCAGUAAAGGGUGUGAAUUCAAAAUAGUUGGUGAAAACUUGUUUGAUGCACUUAUGCACUAUCUUGAUGAAAAAUCAAACAUAACUCCUUUCAACAAACAAAAUACAUCGGCCAUGAAGAAAAAUAUUGAAGCGUAUUGCCAUACAAAAGGAAUAUUGUUAAAAUGCAAUGAUAAACAAAAUAUCCGUAAUAAGCUUAUUGUAUGCAAGACUUUUCAUAAAGCCGGUUUGGUAGUGCCUUAUGAUAGAAAAAAAGAUGUAGGCUACCGACCACUGCUGGAGAGUGAUUCCAAACUACGUAUAAUUCUUUCAAAGUUCGAUAAGGUUGACCGAACGACAGAUAAGAAAAAUUUCGAAGAAGCUAUGAGAGAAUUACAAUCCAUAAUAACAGCUGCGAACUUGGCGGUUGAUGAAUGCGACUUUGGCACAGCGCUUGAGCUUGCCCUUGAUUUGUUCUGCCAUGGCUCGAAAAGCUUGCACGAAAUAAUGAAACCUCUCUUUUACACCGGUUAUUCCAUGGUCAAACGACCACAGUAUAUAGCUAUUAUAAAGUCUCAUUUAGACAAGCGAAGUGAAGGAACAAAGUUGGAUUUGCUGGCUCAUGAAUGAUGGAUUAUUGAUGCGCGAAGUGUAGUAAC